CAUAUAUAGAGAGAGAGAGAGAGAGAGAGAGAGAGAGAGAGAGAGAGAGAGAAUAAGAGAGAUUGGUGUGAAGAAGAUAAUAACCUCUGCUCACAAGAAAACGCAACUCUUAUUUUUGAAUUUGAGGAGAGUGCUCAUGGAUUGGACUUGGUGACCUAAACUUUUUCGCUUCAACUUAUUCUCUUGCUUUGGUUCAUUUCCAACACCACCAGACGAUGAUGUCGAAAAUGGAAGCUGGUAAGAAGGGUGGUGGUGGUUCUAGUAGCCAGAAGUUGUUAAAAGAUGUUGUAACUUUAAACAAAGCUAUGUACUUGGACAGAAGCUCUUCAAAGAAUUCAAUGUCUAGUGCAAAUUCUCGGUCUAAAUCCACUGGGAAACCCCAGUUACCUGAUCCCAAGUCAAGGACUAAAGUCAGUAAUAAUAAUAAUGAUGAUGGUAAUUCACAGAAGGAUAAGAAAUCCAUAUGGAAUUGGAGGCCACUAAAGGUCCUUUCCCACAUCCGCAAUAAGAGGUUCAAUUGUAGUUUUUAUCUGCAAGUCCAUUUGAUUGAAGGGUUACCUUCCACUUUUGAUGAUUCUAGCCUUGCUGUGUACUGGAAGAGGCGUGACGGGGUUCGGGUGACCCGUCCGGCCAAGGUGAUUCAGUGUGUGGCUGAAUUUGAAGAGAAGUUGACUUACACUUGCUCAGUCUAUGGAAGUAGGAGUGGACCUCACCAUUCUGCAAAGUAUGAAGCAAAGCAUUUUUUGCUCUAUGCUUCUCUUCUCAGUGCGCCGGAACUUGAUUUGGGGAAGCACCGGGUAGAUCUCACGAGGUUGCUUCCUCUCACUUUGGAGGAGCUUGAGGAGGAGGAGAAGAGCUCAGGGGAGUGGACCACUAGUUUUAGAUUAUCAGGAAUGGCUAAGGGUGCUGUGAUGAAUGUCAGUUUUGGGUAUAUGGUGGUUGGUGAUAGCACUAGUGCUACCAGAGACAGCCAUAAUGCUCCUAAUGUAUUGACUUCAAGGCAGAAUAGUCUCGCUUUGAUGAAACCAGAUGUUAAACCUAGACAGUUUGAUGGAAGCAGCAGCAUGAGGCGUGCUGGAAGUUUGCAAACCUUUACAAGUCAGUACUCAUCUCGAGCUGCAGGUGACGUAAAGGAUCUUCAUGUAUUGCCAUCAUCUAAGUCAGCACUAGCCAGCUCAAUAGACUUCUUGAAUAAGAAAUUUGAUGAAGAAAAGGCAUGUAGUCCUCCGCCCAAUGAACCUGAACCUGAUUUGCUUACUGAAAAUCUUGAGUUGAUCAAGCCAGAUGCCUAUGAUUUGUCUGAUCUUGGAAAAGGAAAGCCUGAAGAGCAUGUGGGUAAUGAUGGAAGUACAUGUUCAGUGCUUGACAAACCUGAACUCGAUGUAUUUCAAGAAAACCUGCAGACAGUUAAACCAGAUUGCUAUCCUUUACUUGAUUCUGGAAAAGAAAACCCUGAAGAGUGUCAAGAUAAUGAAUUUUUUGUUGUUGAUAAGGGCAUAGAAUUGUCACCAAAUGAACCUGUUGAACUAGAGGAAUCCAUCAUGAAGGUUCCUGAGGAUGCUUCUACAGUUGAUAGUACCUGUACCCUUGAUACUGCUGGUAUACACGUAUCUUCUGCUGAUAGUGUUAAGCAUGAUUCCCUGGAUGAGGAAAAGGAUAGUUCUAAGGAUCAGGCAGUUGUAGAUGAAUUUGCUUGCAAAGAUCAUGGCUUAUACACAGAUGAACUGCUCCUGCAAGAAUUAGAGUCGGCUUUAAAUAGUGUCUCAGAUAUAGAGACAGUGGCACUAGAAUCUCCUAAACUUACGGAAGCCAAAUCUGAAUAUAAGAUGAAAAAGUCACAUAGCCUGGAUGAUGUUACAGAAUCAGUUGCCAGUGAAUUUUUAAGCAUGCUAGACAUAGACCAUAGUCCAAUGGGUUUGAGUUCUGAAUGUGAGCCUGAGUCUCCAAGAGAGCUCCUUUUAAGACAAUUUGAGAAGGAGGCUCUGGAUGGGGGCUUCUCUUUAUUUGAUUUUGACAUGGAGUGUGAUAAUGAAGCAGAUGAUGACUAUGAUGCUCCAACUGGAUCUGAGCAGUGGAACUUCUCUGAAGGUAUUAAGUCGUCAUCCGUGUUCCAAGAUCUGCAGGAGGAUCAUGUAGUUGAAUCUCAGGACAUGAGGAGCAAACAGAGGGCUCAGAUGCUAGAAGACUUGGAAACAGAAACCUUAAUGCGUGAAUGGGGUUUGAAUGAGAAGGCUUUUCAUCAUUCUCCACCAGAAGAAUGUGCUGGUUUUGGAAGUCCAAUUCAUUUACAACCUGAAGAGCCCUCCACAUUGCCUCCUCUUGCGGAGGGGUUGGGUCCUUUUCUUCAGACAAAAGAUGGGGGUUUUCUACGGUCUAUGAAUCCCUCACUUUUCAGGAAUACUAGAAGUGGUGGGAGUUUAAUCAUGCAGGUUUCCAACCCUGUUGUUGUACCUGCAGAAAUGGGUUCUGGGAUAAUGGAGAUUCUGCAGUGUUUGGCUUCAGUUGGAAUCGAAAAGCUCUCAAUUCAGGCAAAGGAGUUAAUGCCUCUGGAAGAUGUCACAGGGAAGACAAUGCAACAAAUAGCAUGGGAAGCUAUGCCUGUCUUAGAGGGAACAGAGAGGCAAUGCCAUUUGCAGCAUGAUUUGACAACAGGGCAAGAUACUACUAGUGUGCAAAUGGACUUGAAAGGAACACCAUCUGGGCUAAAAUCUGAUAAAUUCAGUUCAAGUUCAAGUUCAGUUGCCAACCAGACAGGCUCAGAGUUUGUUUCAUUGGAAGAUCUUGCUCCAUUGGCUAUGAAUAAAAUUGAAGCACUUUCAAUGGAGGGUUUGAGAAUACAAUCAGGGAUGUCAGAGGAGGAUGCACCAUCAAACAUCAUUGCGCAGUCCAUCGGGGAUAUUUCAGCUCUCCAGGGAAAGGGAAUUGAUAUUAGUGGGUCCCUUGGCCUGGAAGGUGCUGCUGGUUUGCAGUUGUUGGAUGUAAAAGACAGUAGUGAUGGUGUUGAUGGGAUAAUGAGCCUUUCAUUAACUCUUGAUGAAUGGAUGAGGUUAGAUUCUGGUGAGAUUGAUGACAUAGAUAAUAUCAGUGAGCAUACUUCCAAACUUCUUUCAGCCCAUCAUGCUAACUCUUUUGACUUUAUGCGUGGGAGUUCAAAGGGAGAGAGGAGACGAGGUAAAGGCUUUGGCAGAAAAUGUGGUUUGCUAGGAAACAAUUUCACGGUAGCAUUAAUGGUGCAACUUCGCGAUCCUCUGAGAAACUAUGAGCCAGUUGGAACACCAAUGCUUUCUCUUAUACAAGUUGAGCGAGUGUUUGUCCCACCAAAGCAAAAAAUUUACAGUGGUGUGUCUGAGUUAAGGAACAACAACAAUGACGAGGAUGAUGAGCGCGAAAAAGCAGUGAAGGUGGAGAUGAAGGACCCGGAGAAAGAGGAGAAAAGUUCUGAAGAGGAGAGCAUUCCUCAGUUCAGAAUUACUGAAGUUCAUGUGGCAGGUCUGAGGACUGAGCCUGAGCCUAACAAAAAGAAGCUUUGGGGCACUUCAAGCCAGCAACAGUCUGGUUCACGCUGGUUGCUUGCUAGUGGAAUGGGGAAGAGUAAUAAGCAUUCAUUAAUGAAGUCAAAAGCUGCAUCUAAAUCUAGUGCUCCAGUUACCACAAAGGUGCAGCCUGGUGACACCUUGUGGAGCAUAUCAUCUCGUAUUUAUGGUACUGGAUCAAAAUGGAAGGAAUUAUCAGCACUAAAUCCACAUAUAAGAAACCCCAAUGUCAUUAUAGCAAAUGACACUAUAAGACUUAGUUGAGUGGAGUACAGAAUUCAGAUUUUCCUUGAAGAAGACUUAUCUUGUUAUCAGGCAAUGCUUCUUUGGAGUUGUUAAUAUAAUUGAACCAUCUGAUUCCAAACUCAUCUUUGCUAUGGAACCUGUGCUGGGGGAUCCUUUGGUUUUGUCAGAGCAUCAAUCAAUUUGGACCGACCCUUUAAUAAUUGCUAUGUAUGAGAUAUGGAGAAAACAAGAUGGAUUUUAUUGAAAAAAAGGGGUGGAUUUUGCUGGAUGCACGUUUUACUUUUGUAAAGUCCCUUGUAACUUAUGCAUGCAUCUAUUGUAUUUUGGUCCUCUUGAAGUAGUGUUUGUAUAUUACAUCGGGGUAAAUAAUAUUGAAGUCCAUGAAUAGGUGGAGUAUUAUUGCAGAAAAUGUUAAUUUU